GCGCGUAUUUGCGUGUUUUUGCGAUUGUGCGCUGUAGCGGUGUGUGUGUGUGCGUGUGUGCGUGUGCAAAUAUAACGUUGUACACGACUACGGUAGUUCGUCGGCGGCGGAGACGCGCGCAAUUCCCAUUCAUCCGCCAAACGCAGCGUAAUCAGCACGCCGAUAGCUACCCCUCGCGAGAUACCAGAGUACGCCGCCGCCGCCACCACGGUUAUUAUAUCCAUCAUCAUCAUCUCAUCGUCGUCGUCGUCGCAAUGAUUAAGCCGUGAAAACCGUUUGGACUCGCCGAUCUCACCUAUAUACUUAUAAAUAAUAUUAUACACACAUAGAGCACACGUUCGUCCGCUUCCGUUCCUGGACACCCGGAGACCGGAGUGCGGUCGGAUCGCACGCAGCAGAUGGAACUUCGGCGGUGGUGCGGGCGGAGGCAUCCGCAGCAACAGCGGGUCGACGAUCGGACGGCGACAACAGUACGGGCGGUGGUGACGGUAACAGCUGCAGAUUUCUGACGACGUACCCACGCGGGCGUGUUUCAGAGGCCCACCGGUGUUGACCGUUCACAUGACGUCCGAUAACGAUGGCGACUCCGUGGUGGCGUCAUCGGGCUGUAGUGGUCGCCUAAGCCCCGCACCCGGCGCUAAAACAGGCCGCGUGCCCGCCAUUGCCGCCACUACCACCGCCGCCGCCAAGGGGAUACUGGUACACAACAACAAGAAAUCGGCCAAUACGAACCGUGUGAGUUUUGUCACAAAUUCGUCUACGACAGCGUCCUCGUCGUCAUCAUCUCUGUCGUCCGCUCCUUCGCCGUCGGUCGAGCGGUCCAGGAAAAAAAAUCACCAACAACGGCGAUCGGUCGACGGGGGCGACGACGUCCAACAGUUGCCUUACCACGCGAGGACUGGCAGACGGCUGACGGGGUUCGGCGUCAAGAGUUACUUGCACGAGUUCUAUGACGAUCCCGAUGGUCGCGAAUUGUUUCAGGUUUGUAUAUUAGAUGACGGCGGUGGUGGCAGCGACGACGACGACUUCAAAUACUUGGUGGAACCGGAAAUCCGUUGGUAUCACCACUGCAGUGGCGCGUUCGCGAUAUUUGGACUGGCCGUCAUGGCCAUGGGUGCGAUAGCGAUGGCUGCCGGCCACCUGAUACCAGCCAAGGACCCGGUAGUCGGCCGGUCUUCACACAUGGAGGUGAUCGACCGGAGGGCUGUUUCGUUCAACGAUCACUUGGCCUUGUGCCGUAACAUCGGUUCGGUGGUGUUCGCCGUCGGCGUCGUGUUCAACGUCAUCCGGUUUUGGGCGUCGGUAAUAAGGAACAGCGGCAGCGGCGUCGUAGUCAUCGGUGACAACAGCAAAGAUCGGGCCGCUAAGAAACUGCGGACCGGCCAGGAGCGACCGUCGUCGACUAAGGCACAGACGGUCCGAAUACCCAUCACGGGCACGUUGGAGAACGUACAGCCUGACCCGUUGGCCAUAAAACUGCAGUUCGCCGACAGCGGUUAAAAGACUAUACAAUUUUAAAACGCAAUAUUAUUAAAUAUAUUAUUAUAUUAUUAUUGAUAUUAUGCUGUAAUAUUGAGUACCUACGUAUACUGUUGUAGCAUAAACUAUAUAGACAGUAUUAUUGUUGUUAUUAUUAUUAUCAUUAUUACUGUGACGAUUAUUAGUAUAUAUUAUUAUGUAUUUAUAAAGCUUAAGCUUGUGAUGUGAUAAUGCACAAAAAAAAACCUUGAAAUAUUCCACUCAUGAAAUUUUGAAAAAGAAGAUAACUAUAGUAUAUUAGUACACCCACUAUAAAUGAAGAUCGACGGUGGUAGUUUCAAUUCAUAUUUAAUACGUUUUGCGGAGUUUUCAUCGUGUGUCUCCUCCCACAAAGUGCGUAUGAACGGUGUUAAACAGUUUAACAUAAUAACGUCGUACUAUACGCCCAAAUUAACUUUUAAUUAUACCGUCGUAUUCUCUAGAUUUAAAUGCAACAUUUCAUUUUUUAUUAAAGCAUACAGAGUCUAACGUCGUUUGUGAUAUUUUAUUUGUUAUAAAUGUAUUAUUUCGUUAAUGUGUUAUUACCUAUCAACAGUAUCAGGAAGUAGUAUUGAAGCGUGCUAAUGUUAUAUAAAUCUAUCGAAUUGUUCCGCCGAAAACUGUUCUUCAAAUAAAAAUAACAUUCUUCCAUUGAACAGUAAAAGCAGAAUUUAUGUUUUUCAAUAAUAAUAAUAAUAAUAACAAUAAUAAUGAUAAUAAUAACCAGACGAAAGAGCUUAUGGAAUCUCCGGUCUUCACGAUAAGGAUUUGCGGUAAUAGCAUUGUACUUAAGGAAUCACUGUUUGUCCUUGAUAUCGAUUAUUUUUAUUUUUUUAUUGUCAAAUACGACAUUUCAAAGAAAAAUGAUAUUUAUUUAUUUAUUAAGCAUGGCACAAAUACAUUCUUAUGUAACCACUUUUUAACUAUAAUAAUAACCAUUAUUAUGAUAUUAUACAGUCCAAUUAUGCAUAAUAUAUAUUAUACUAAUUAUAUGAAUCUAAAUAAAUAUAAUUUUAAUAAUACUAUGUUAUCCUAUUAUACUAGAGAUAUAUUAUUUAUUAAGUUUAUUUUUAAUUAAUAUUGAUCUAAAUAAAUGUUAAUAUUUUUUGUGAUGUGGUAUGAAUAUUUUAAAUAAUUUAAUAAUUAAAGGCUGUGGUUUGUAAUUUGCAUAAAAUUGGCUAUUGAUUUAUAUUUAUGAAAGAUUUGUACACGAAAUGUCAACAAUUUUUGUUUGUUUAUAUUUUUUUGGUAAUUAACAUACAACUCUAAGAAAAUCAUAAAAAAUUCCUACAAUUCGUAGUUAUAUUUAAUAUAUAUAUAUUAAUAUCAUUCUGGUAUUAUGUUGUAACACAUUUAUUAAAAUAUAUAUUAUACACUACAGGUUUUAAAAAAAAUAUAUGUUAAAAUCAAAAUCGAAUUGCUAAAUAAUGCUAUUUUUUAUAAAUAUAAAAUCAUAAUGUACGCAUUUAUACACUGAGAUAUUAAAACAUUUAAAACCAUCAAUUCUACUGAUUUUUGUACAUUUUAUUUUUGUAACACACAUGAUUGUUUGUGAUUUUGAAUGGUGCGCCGUGUAUAUUUUGUAGACUAACAGUUCCUUCCCGAAUAUGUUGUGCUACAUUAACAUUUCUAACUAAUUUGAUUUAAUCUAUGUAUAAACAAUACACAUUAAUAAAAGUUUAUUUAUGUUAAUAAUGUUUAUGGUUCAAUGGUUGUAACAAAUAAAACAUGUAAUUAAAAUAAUAAAAUACCUAUUCAAAAUGUAUCAAAAAGUUUUAUUUUUGAAUUUUAGUACGUGUUACUAUAUUAUAACAUUUAAAUUGAUAUUAUUUCAAAAUAACAAUAACGAUACACGUAUACAAAUGUCAAAAAACAUAUCACUUUAUAAUUUUUUUUUCGGUAAUUCUUAAUUUAAGUUUUUUUUGGUACCUGUUUAUGAUAUUAACAAACAAUAUUUUAUUAAUUUAAAAUUUUAAUGGUCAAUAGUUUAAAAUAUUGAAAAAUGAUAGCUAUACAACAGUUAACAAAAUUAUCUUCCAAAUUCUAUCUCUAUGUUGAAAAUUGUUAAUAGAUACCUAUUUAAACAAAAUUUUAAUUUAUCCAUGUGUAAAAACUAAAUCAUUUAAAAGUAUAUUUUAUUUAUCACAAAAAAUACACGUGUUUCAUAACAUAUUUUACUGAAUAUUAAAAUUAAAUGUAAGACUUUAAUAAUCUUGAAUUUAUAUUUUUUAGUUAUUAUUAUUCACUGUUUAAUAAUAACACUGAUUGAUUUACAAAAUAUUAAUUAUUGUUAAUGUUACGUAUUUAUUUAUUGCAUUAAUUUAUAACUAGAUAAAUAGGUAUCUACUUGAGCCAGAGCUAUCCUCUACGCACCGGAAUAUGUAACAACAUUUAUAAUUUACAAAAAUUAACAUAAUUUAAUAAUACUAAACUUUUGUAAUAGUUCAAUUCUAAUUUGUAUCAUAUGACAAUUGUGUACUGUUACCUCUGCAAAUAUAUCUAAAAGCUUAUGAUAAUUAUUACAACUAUGAUAAAUGUUCUAUUUAUAUUAAUAUAAUAUUAAAGACACGUGUAACUAUGUUACAUUACAUUAAUGUUUAACUUCCAUAAUAUAUUAUAUUACAGCCUUGUUCAAGAAUUGUCAAUAAGUACCUAGUCAAAAUAUGUAUUUUUCUUUAUUUUAGGCUAAUUUAGUAGGUAUACGAAAUGUUAUGCUUAUAAAUCGUAUUUAUGAAGUUCUACGAACAGAAAUCAAAAAUGUCUAUUUUGUACUCAGUUAUUUUUAAAAUGUAUCAUGCGUAGACAUAUUAGUCCAUGCCAUAGAUUAUUAUUUAUUAAUUGUUUCAUAGGUACAUAUCUCAAUUGUUAUAAUUGUAAAAUAUAAUUAUUAAUUAUAAACCAAAACUGACAUAUUAUUUUGUCGCCAUAUAGGUAUAAAUAAAUAAUAAUAUUUGAUCAUUAUCAUCUAUCAUACAUUUAAAUUUAAACACCUUGUGCAAAUAAUGCAAUUUAGUUAAAAACCAUAUUUUAGGGUUUUUUUUUAACGUAAGUAGUUAGUAGAUACUAUACAGUGUAAAGAGUAGAUAGUUACCAUAGUUUGAUGAUGAACGAAUUAAAUAAGUGAUUUAAUAAUGUAUAAUAUUACUAAACUCAAAUAUAGCUGAGAAAUCAAUAUAUGAUAUUGUUCAUAGUAUAUUGUAUUACAUAAAAAAUAUAAAUAUAUCUACCUAUGUAAUAAUAUUUAAACAUUAGUCUAAAGAAAUAAUGUUAAAUUAAAACAUAUGUUGUAAUACAAUUUAACUAAUAUGCAUAUAAACAAACUAGUACUUAUACAUAUUUAGUUAAUAUUACAAUUUUUGAACUUAAUAUUAAUGUGUAUUAAUUCUGAAGAAAAAUAAUAAUUUAUAUUAUGUACAUUAAAAAUGCAUGAAUUGUUAAAAUUCAAAAUUGCUUACAAUUAGUUAAGUAUUUGAUAUAUUUUAAGACGAAUAUAGUUAUUAAAAAUCAUUAAAUCUAAUAACCGAUCAUAGAAAAGCUAAUGUAACAUUUUUGUUUUAAAACAAUCACAACAUAAUUACUAAAAAUAUAAUCUGUAGACAUUGUGCAAGA